UGCCCACCGGGCCCUGCGGCGAGAUCAGGACUGCAGAGUCCCAGGGAGGAGCGGCCCCUGCAACAUGCUCCCUCACUUCUUGCUGUUCUGCCUCCGGCACUCGGUGCAAGCCACGGAGCGCCCCGAGAGCGGCGGGGACAACCAGAGCCUGGAGGCGGCGCUGGCCGCGCCCAACGCCUCGCACUUCUUCUCCUGGAACAACUACACCUUCUCGGACUGGCAGAACUUUGUGGGCAGGAGGCGGUACGGGGCCGAGUCCCAGAACCCCACGGUGAAAGCCCUGCUCAUCGUGGCUUACUCCUUCAUCAUCGUCUUCUCGCUCUUUGGGAACGUCCUGGUCUGUCAUGUCAUCUUCAAGAACCAGAGAAUGCACUCGGCCACCAGCCUCUUCAUUGUCAACCUGGCCGUCGCGGACAUCAUGAUCACGCUCCUCAACACCCCCUUCACUUUGGUCCGCUUUGUGAAUAGCACGUGGGUGUUUGGGAAGGGCAUGUGCCACGUCAGCCGCUUCGCCCAGUAUUGCUCCCUGCACGUCUCAGCACUGACGCUGACGGCCAUUGCUGUGGACCGCCACCAGGUCAUUAUGCAUCCGCUAAAACCCCGGAUCUCAAUCACAAGAGGUGUCAUCUACAUUGUUGUCAUCUGGACCAUGGCUACGUUCUUUUCACUCCCACAUGCUAUCUGCCAGAAAUUAUUUACCUUCAAGUACAGUGAAGACACUGUCCGAUCCCUAUGCCUACCAGACUUCCCUGAGCCAGCUGACCUCUUCUGGAAGUACCUGGACUUGGCCACCUUCAUCCUGCUCUACAUCCUACCCCUCUUCAUCAUCUCAGUGGCCUAUGCCCGAGUGGCCAAGAAGCUGUGGCUGUGCAACACAAUUGGUGACGUGACCACAGAGCAGUACCUUGCCCUGCGGCGCAAGAAGAAGAAGACCAUAAAGAUGCUAAUGCUGGUGGUGGUUCUUUUUGCCCUCUGCUGGUUCCCCCUUAACUGCUACGUCCUCCUCCUGUCCAGCAAGGUCAUCCGCACCAACAACGCCAUCUACUUUGCCUUCCACUGGUUUGCCAUGAGCAGCACCUGCUACAACCCCUUCAUCUACUGCUGGCUCAAUGAGAACUUUAGGGUCGAGCUGAAGGCAUUACUGAGCAUGUGCCAAAGGCUGCCCAAGCCUCAGGAGGACAGGCCACCCUCCCCUGUUCCUUCUUUCAGGGUGGCAUGGACAGAAAAGAGCAACGGCAGGAGGGCCCCACUAGCCAAUAACCUCCCACCCUCCUUGCAUCUCCAGUCUGGGAAGACAGACCUAUCGUCUGUGGAGCCCAUUGUGGCAAUGAGUUAGAGGAGGUUGGGAAGAGGCCAGGGAAGGGAUCUAUCUCCAGCUGAGGUUGGAAAAGAGCUUGAGGAGGUGGCCUGCCCCCGCACACACAACCUUAACUGUGCUGGAAACAAGUCCAUGCAGAAGCCGUAGGACUUUUGAGUUUCUAGAAUACUCUGCCCAGCCUCCCAGCCCUAUUUGACGUGAAAACUAUAAGGCAACUACCAACUAGACACAUGAUUAUAAAUUCCCAUCUAAAAAAUGCUGUGUGGCAUAUCACCCUGGUCCCAUGAGCAAGAGAGCUGAGGACAACUUCAGCCCAGAUGGGUGCUAAGUCAGUCAUUGCUCCAACUGUCCGGCAACUGGCUUGUGUACAACCCUCCCUACAGCUCAGCUCAAGGAAACCUGAGCCAUAACCAAGUGAGGCAGGGUUUUUAGUGUACUGGCCCAGAUACACAAAACUCUGCUUUGAAAAGGUUCAUUAGCCAGGGAAAGUUAUCAAGCUAGAGUUGGCACUGAGGUUUUCAUGCCUUGCUUUCUAAAGUAGUUGGACCAGGAUGAAUCACAAUCUGUGGUGGCCUGACCAUUUAUAUGCAAGAAGAGACCAACUUGGGUACAUUAAAAAAAGAGGAAUUACGGUAUUUUUCAUACUAGAAGAAGUUAUUAGUAAAACUAUGGAAAAUUCAGAAAAGCCUAAAGAAGAAAAUAAAAAUCACUCCAUAU